CAAUGGCGGCUCGCGGCGUGGGGCGUUUGACCUGUUUGCCCCUGUGUUCCCAGAGAAGUAGCCGAGUCCUCCGCUCUAUUUCCAGGCACCUCAGUUGUCCGGGGACUGUAGCCGCGAAAGUCAGGAACGAAGAACAGCCCCCGAGGGGUGCGAAGACAGGCUUUGAAGACAGGACCCUCAAAAAGAGAUUCUCUGAGGUACAGAAAGAGAGAAGAGAACAGGCCCAGAGGACUGUUUUGAUACAUUGUCCAAAUAAUAUCAAUGAGAAAAAGUUUCUCAAGUAUUUAUCCCAGCAUGGACCAAUUAAUAAUCAUUUCUUCUACGAGAGCAUUGGUCUCUAUGCUGUUGUAGAAUUUUGCCAAAAAGACAGUAUAAACUCAUUGCAGAAUGGAACACAUACUCCAAGCCUGAGCACAGAGGCUACAAUUCCAUUUAAGUCACGUUUCUUGAACUUAAAGCUGAAGAAUCCAUCUAACCAGAUAUCUGAACAGUCAUUUGCACACACAAAUAACCAGUUUCCUCCUUCAAGCAAGAAGCUCUUUGAAUUACUGAAUUAUGCAGAAAGUAUAGACGAUCAGCUGAACAUUCUGCUGACCACCUUCCAGCUCACAGAGGAGAAUAUCAGGCUCCGCCAUCUCACCUGCUCUCUCAUUGAGGACAUAGCUGCUGCAUAUUUUCCUGGCUGUGUCAUCUGGCCCUUUGGCUCCUCGGUGAACACGUUUGGAAAAUUAGGAUGUGAUUUGGAUAUGUUUUUAGAUCUAGAUGAAGUUGGAAAACUCAAUGUUCACAAGAAUGCAGGGAAUUUUUUGAUGGAAUUUCAAGUGAAAAAUGUUCCUUCAGAAAGAAUUGCAACCCAGAAGAUCCUAUCUGUAAUAGGAGAGUGCCUUGACAACUUUGGCCCUGGCUGUGUGGGUGUUCAGAAAAUACUGAAUGCUCGAUGUCCACUCGUGAGAUUCUCCCAUCAGGCCUCUGGAUUUCAAUGUGAUUUGACUGCUAACAACAGUAUUGCUUUGAAAAGUUCCGAACUUCUUUAUAUAUAUGGAUCCUUGGAUUCAAGAGUAAGAGCCUUGGUGUUCAGUGUGCGAUGCUGGGCUCGGGCACAUUCGUUAACAAGCAGUAUCCCUGGUGCUUGGAUUACAAACUUCUCCCUAACAGUGAUGGUCAUCUUUUUCCUCCAGAGAAGAUCACCCCCCAUUCUUCCAACUCUGGAUUCCCUAAAAUCCCUAGCAGAUGCUGAAGAUAGAUGUAUAUUGGAAGGGAACAACUGUACAUUUAUUCGGGACUUGAAAAAAAUUAAACCUUCUGGAAACACUGAAACAUUAGAAUUACUGCUGAAGGAAUUUUUUGAAUAUUAUGGCAAUUUCGCUUUCAAUAAAAAUUCCAUAAACAUUCGACAGGGAAAGGAGCAAAACAAGCCCGAUUCUUCACCUCUGUACAUCCAGAAUCCUUUUGAAACGUCUCUCAACAUAAGCAAAAAUGUGAGUCCAAACCAGCUACAAAAAUUUGUGGAAUUGGCCAGAGACAGUGCCUGGAUUUUGGAGCAGGAAGAAAAGAAUCAGCCUUCCCCUUCGAGUAGGCAACCCUGGGGACUGGCUGCCCUCCUGCUGCCACCUGGGCCACACCACACAUCUCUCUCCAGGAAGAAGAGGAAAAAGCCAAUGAGUGAAAAAGUCAAAGGCUUGUUAGCAACCAUAAAAAGUAACAGCGCAGACAGUUUCGCAGCGACGCCUGGAAAGAGAACAGUCAGUACAAAGGCAUGAUGGCAGCCAUUUUGGACUUCUGGGAAAGAACUGCCCUGAAACUCUAACAGGCCUUAACAUUUAUCUGAUGUCAUUUGUCACGAUCUUAACACCCUUUUACUUGAUCUGAAAUUGUGGAUAUUUUCUUCUGAUCAGGUAGAGUUUUAUAAAAAUAUCAGUGGCAAAGAAAAUGCAAAGGACAUAUUUGAACCCUGCAAAGUGAAUAGUAAAAGUCAAUUUUAUCAGCAAACUGGUUGAUAUUUCUGUCAGUCGAACACUUCUAAUAAUCUUCAUGUAUAGGUAAUGAAUGCAAUAAAGCUCCAGAAUUUGGUAAUUAUCUUUAAUAUCUAUUUUCUAUUUUUCAACCAAGUUCUCUAAUUUGGUGUUUUAUUUUCUGAUUCAUAUACAAAGCAUUGCGCUUCCCAUUGGGUUCCUUUUGUAGGCCUUGUCUUUUUUGAUCCUUUCCUGCCCUUCCUAGCACCCCUUCUGAUUCUCUUCCCCCACUAUCGCUCAGUUGCUGGAUUUUGCUUCAAGUAUGAGUGACUUUUCUGCUACUCUGUUGAUUUCCCUCCCGGUAAGGUCUUCUCCCAAAAGUCCCCAAAGUUUCAUGAUCUGUACUCCUAUAUAUGCAUCAGAAUUGAGACCCAGGGUUCACAUAGGAAAGGAAAAUUACAGCUUUGUCUUUCUAGAUCUGGGAUAGUUUAUUAAGCAAAAUUCCCAUUCACAGGUUCACAGGUUGGCUUUGGUUCCCUACCUGUUCCUAAAACAUAAAAACGCAGAGACUGCAGACACUGAAUUUGCUGCUCCAAAUGAGAGAUGCAAAAUUGUGGAUAUAUUGUAUUUUCAAAUCAAAUUUUAUUUUUGUUUUUAAGAAUAAAAUCCUGUUCUACUGAAAUGUGUUAACAGAAUUUCUAAUACUUUUUCACUUCUCUUUUUGAGAUCUCUCCUCGUUAAAAAAAAAAAAAAAAAAGUCACUACAUACCCAGAGAAAUUGUAUUGUGUGCAGCAGCUUUUCUUCUGAGAUAUAAUGGUGGAGUUUAAAAACUGGCCCCAUGACAGGCGGAGUGACAGUGCGCUGUGCUCGUGGGUGGGUGGCAGCUACCUGAGGUAAAGGAAAGCGUGGGUCAAAGCCUGGCUCGUACCAGUGUUACAGGCUGAGUAGCGUUACAUGGCAUCCUGCAUGCCCCAGGCACAGCUUCCUUAGCUUUUUUAUUUGUAUGCCUAAGGACAAGCCUUGGUGGCAAGACCAGGACAAGCAUUGCAUUCACUUUUGUUGGCUAAGAUCUGUGGACAUACCGUCCGCUGCAAUUUGUUAUUAGUAAUUUUAUCCACGAAACCGAUCAUGAUGUGGCAUUUUCCGUUGGUGGAGUUCGUGCAGUCCCUGAGGGUUCAGCAUUUAGAGGCUUCUGUUGUUUGAUGUGCUUAGUGCAGGAUGCUCAGCAAUGCUGCUACUCCUGCUGCUGCUGCCGCUGCUGCUGCUGCUGCUGCGUUGACUCUGGGCACAUUGCAGGACCCUGGGGCAACACUCUGCCAGAAGUCUCACCCCUCACUGCUGCCCUUCAGAGUCCAUCAUACUUUUCCUGCUACUCAGAAUUCGAACUUGGAGCUUGUAAUGGGAAACUUUUUAAAGUUUUAGGACAGAGUUCUAAUGCACUUAGGAUGUUUUGAGAGUCAGCCGCAGUGGGCUUCUGAAGCGAAUCUGCCCAUAGGGAUAUGCUCUUGGCUCUCACACCUGAAGCCAGCCAAGUGGUUCCCAGAAAGACCUGCUUUCCUUUAUUUGUUUUUUUCUGAAGCUCAUUUAGUUGAGAUUGAUGUUGAUUUUAAAGGCAUUGAUGUAAAAGUUUCUAACUGAAAUUAUUUUCUUUCCCUAGUUAAAGAUGUUUGAUCAGAAAUUUUCUUUUGUGUUGAUUUUAAAUUUAGUUAUUUACUUAAGCACUAAGGUGCAUGUGUAUGCUAAUGUUCUUUUUUUUUUUUCUUAUUUUGACUCUUACAGCCUAUUUUCUCUUACUUUAUCACUGAUAGUCUGUCAUUUCAUGUUAAGAUGUAAUUAUGUGAUGAAUUUGAAUGUAUGAAUUCUGUUUGAGACAGGGUCCAUAGAGCUCUGGCUGGCCAUGAACUUACUAUGUAGCAGAAGACUCCUGAUUCCCUACCUGUCUCCCAAGUGCUCAAAUACAUUUUUUAAUAUACAAUUUUACAAUAAAGGUCCAGGAACAUUCCUGUUAUGGCAAA